UAGACUAACGGUUCAUCUUGUUACAAACGCCAGACGCGACUAGUACUGUGUGCAGUAAAUUUAUCAGGUGCCAUGUUCCGCAUCAAACUUUUAUUGGUAUCGUUUUGUCUGUGGAUUACAGCAAACGGGCACGUCAUUCAGCGGCGUCAAGCAGGUAAUGGGUCCUCGUCACAACCACAAUGUUCCCUCGUGGACCGACUGUUAGACGUCUUACAAAACGACCUAAGCAGGCUGGAGGGGAAAUACGACGACCUCUUGGAGAAAUAUCACAGAAUUGUGGAGACCACGUCCAAUUUGCAGAUUAGUUUUGCAAAGUUAUCUUUGGACAAGGAAAAUGCUGUUGGUAAAGACUGUGCUGAGCUGUACAAGAACGGUGUUAAACUAAGCGGAGUGUACACCAUUACCCCCUCUAACGGCCAAAGUCCCUUCGAUGUUUACUGUGACAUGACCACUGACGGGGGAGGAUGGACGUUAUUCCAGAAACGUAUGGACGGGUCGGUCGACUUCUUCCGCGGUUGGGAGGAUUACAAACACGGCUUUGGUAAUCUGAACGGGGAGCACUGGCUUGGAAACGAUCUUAUAAAUCUUCUCACUAACCAAGGUCGCUAUGAACUCCGCGUUGAUAUGGAGGACGCCACUGGGGUCAAGGCUUAUGCCCGCUAUGACAAUUUCGCCAUUUCAUCAGAGAGGACAAAUUAUCAGCUGACCAUUGGCGUGUACUCUGGAAACGCAGGCGACUCACUCGGCGUCCAUAAUGGCAUGGCAUUUUCGACGAAGGACAGAGAUAAUGACAACUACGAUGGUAAUUGUGCUCAAAACCAUAAGGGAGCGUGGUGGUACAACGCAUGUCAUAGGUCAAACCUGAACGGUCUGUACCAUCUUGGUGAGCAUGCGUCUUAUGCUGAUGGCGUCAACUGGUACGCAUUCAAAGGUCAUAAGCAUUCGCUGAAGACAACAGAGAUGAAGAUUCGUCCGAUCGGCUUCAAGGUAGCUUCUGGUGUCAGUGGCUGAAUGUGCAAGAGUAACUACGUUUGAAAACAAAACAAGUAGGGCAUUUAUUUUGGGCAAUGUUCUGAGAAGUCAAAAGUUUGUAUACAUGUAUAAGAAUAUAUUAGAUAAUUUAAAUUAUGAAAUAUCAGAAAUAAAUGAAGAGAAAUAUUUCUUAGAAAAUGAAGUGACUUCGUACAGUAUGAACUAUGCUGUGUAUUGGUAAAUCAUAUUUUCUGUAUUUUAAAUGGCACAAAGUGACGCUUAGAUACACCCGAUAUAAUAAGGUAAAGGCAAAGGUCUACUUGUGCAACAUUUAUGUUGAUAUGGAAAGAGAACUGAAGUGUGAAACUGUGAACUCUGAUUCCAAAUACAUUACGAAUAAAUUUUAGGUUUUGUACA